CCCAAAAAAAAAAUGCAAUGGAUGAAGUAUUAAAGAGGAACUGAAGUACCGUGUAUAUAAAUGUGAAACAUAUAAUAACACCUCAUUAAAAGACAGCUAAAUGAUGAAGAACUAAGACUUAAUAAUUAAGAGAUCGAGAAAACAGGAUAAGGAGGAGCUGAGAUUGUAGCUGAGCUUGAGCUAGAUCUAGAUGAGAAGAAACUUGAAAAAUGGCUUCCUCCUCAUCUGCGACGACGGCCUCGGGCUCGGGGCAACCCGAAGCAGCUUUCUCAAAUUUUAUGACUGAGGUGAAGGCAAUAGAGAAGAGAGAUUCUUCCCUGACGCCCAAGCAGCAAAUCGAAAGAUUGAUCAGACCUGGAAGCACGUAUUUUAACCUGAAUCCAUAUGAGGUCUUACAAGUGGAGACAAGCAUGGAGGUUGGUGAUAUCAAGAAAAAAUUUAGAAGGCUAUCCAUACUGGUGCAUCCGGACAAGAACAUGGAUGACAGAGAUCGAGCACAAAAGGCCUUCGAUGCUCUGAGCACUGCUAUGAAGAUUCUGGAAGAUGAAACAAGCAGAAAGAGUGUCCUAGACACGAUUGAAGAAGCCAGACAGAAGACUGAAUUCCUGCUCGGAGAGAAGAGAAAGCAAUUGAAACGUGAAGGCAAACCUACUGCAAUAGAAGAAGAUGACCCCCUCAAGUACAAGGAGACACUCCACAAGACAACAGUGAAGUUGUUUGCCGACUACGCCAUCAGGAGGAAGGAGAUUGAAGAGAAGGAGGCAAGGAUUAAGAAGAGAGAAAGAGAAGAAGAGAUCAAGGAGGAAGACAAGAGCAAGAAACAGAAAGAAUGGCAAAAAGACUGGGAGGAUGGAAGGGACAAGAGGGUUCACAAUUGGAGGGACUUCACCGACCACAACACCGCCAAGAAAAAGAAGAAAAACAGAAUGACCUUCAAGCCCCCAAAGCCUAAGCUUGAGCAGAGAUAGACUAACUAUUAUGAACAAUUCCACAUGUGUAUAAUAGAACAAUGAGGAUUGAGAUUGGCUUUUAAUGGAAAAAACCCACUGGAUAAAGACAUGAACUCCAGGACAUCGCCUUUUUUUUGGUCAGGUAUAAAACCUUCUUGGUCCUUGUAGCUGUACAGAUGUUAAUUGGUAUUUUAGAUUGAAACGGCAGGAAACUGGACAUUGUGUCUUUGAAUGUCUUAUCUGGAGAGUGCCCUUCUACAAGAUCUGUUUAGUUAGUGUUGUUGUAACCCUCUUUGAAAACACGUGACCUUUUCUCAUGACGAAUCUUUGUAAGAGAAGGAGAUGGAGUGUUACAGAUGCCAGACUUGAAAGACAGUGAAUGAACCAAAAAGUAGCUCUCAGACCCAUGACGCAAACCUCAUUGCGACAUACAGUAAAGUCAACCUUCUCGUAGUCGGAUAAUCGCCAAGUUCAAAGCGAAUUUUCAAACCAAAUAGUAACCUGCACUACAAAGACAGCUCUGAUUCAACAAACUCAUUAUCAAAGGAGACUCCACAAGUUUCAGGUCAAGCCUCUGUUAAUUAAUCAAGACCAGUUGAAAUGUUUUUCUUUUUUUUUCAAGAGAUGCCCAACUGUAUGCAUUUACAUAUUCUAUCACAUUGUUAUCUAUCAAUCUCUUGUAAUGUCCACAACUUUUUGUUUAUGUUUCCUAGUUUAUGCAGAUUUCCAAUGCUCAUAUACUGUAUGGUAUCUCUUUUUCAAGUUGAUAAUGAUAAAGUCACAGUUCUGCUUGCCCAGAGAUUAUUAGCAUGGUUCAUGUUUUAUGUGAGCUGUCAAAUGUCGAGUGAAUGGCAGCAACUAUCAAAGUGCCUGACUGAAAAUCCUCCUACUGUGUAUUUCAUAGAAUAGAUUAUAAUAAAUGUAUUUCCUUCUUUGAGAUGAUACGUUCUUGCAUCACAUCUUAUACAGAGUUGUUCAUGUUUCAGAUCAGUUGCAGAUGUAAGUUUGAUUAACUCUUAUUUUACAAUGCCUAGUUGUACGCAAUCAAAUGGGGGGCUUAACACCCGACAUACAUGUAUAUACCAUCGCACAUGUACUGACCAUGCAUUGUCCAACGCGUAGCGUUGCAUGGUUAGAUUACAUCACAAGACGAUUCAAUUUAUUGUGCUUAAUGCAGGCAUAGGGCCUACUGGCUAAAUGUGCACUGCUGCAGAUAUGAUGUGCGCUUGAAUCUCGGAGAGAUGUUGCCUCUUGCUUUCAAUAAUAUAAUCAUGGAUGAGCGGAGGGAAAAAAUAUAAGUUCUGAGGCAUUGUACAGUGCACAGAAGGUGCAUAUUCUUAUUUGUGCAAUGGUAUGCAGGGAAUAAUUUUACUUCUCUAAUUUGAUUAGCAUUUGUGGUUGUUAUAGAAAAGCUUUCAAGUAUGCUCUUAAGAGUUCUAUGUAAAAAAUUGCUACACAAGUGAAAUUUUGUGUAGCGGUCAUAAAAUUAUGUGAAGCAAAUUGCGAUGGGAUACCAGGAAAAUUAUUCCCUGGUAUGAGAUCUGCAUUGGUUGAAAGAAUGGCACUCUAUUCAACCCGGCUAUGCCUCGUUAAAUUGGCCAUCUUUCAUUCACCUCAUACGAAAUCUUGUGUGUGCUAUCGCACUCAUGCCUAUUCACUUUUUGUAUACUGUUCUUUCAAUACCUACUGCAUUAGUGAGAGCAUUAACGAUCUAUCCAUUUAGUUGUGUAGUCAGGAGAAUACAAGCUCUAUUCCUAUUCAAUUAUUGUUCACAUGCACAUUUACUUUCUUGAAGUGCCAUAAGCACUGAGAGUGGGAUUUGCACACUUUGCCACUAUUAGUAUUGUAUAUUGCAAAAUUUCUUUACAAUAUGCACCUCAGAUAUUCUAACAUGGCACUUUUUCACUUAGUUAAAGUCCCCAGAUUGGUUAAAGGAAACCUAGAAAUAUUUCAUGGAAUAGGGAAGAGGAAAACACAUGAAAUUGGUCAAUAUACACUCUUUUUGAUUAAAAUUUUAUUUGAAUAUCAUUUUAUUUCUAUUUUGAUUUUCUCAGGUAAUAUAUGUUUUAUUCAAAUUUAGUGUUUGGUGAGUUAUAUCAAAAGUGCUAUGUAUUGCAAAUAUCCGUAAUACAUGUAGGUGUAUUAUUAUGUAUCAAUUUGUUCUAUUUCAGGCCAACAGUAUGUUAAAAGUGAAUGCAUUUUGAAACAACAUUAAAAAAAGCUAUAACAUCAACUAGUAGAGAUGGUUAGUAAGUUUUCUAUUUAUUUUAUCAUUGCAUACAUAUUUUGUUUGACCUUUUUUUAAAUUAAAUUUUAAUUUCAAUAUUAAUAUUAAUUAAUUAAAAUGAAAGUGUUUUGUCAGAUAUGUGCUUGUUGCAAAAUUGUAUGUUGACAAUGUGGAAUAGGGUUGGGAUUGUUAAGUUAGGGUUAAUCUUAAGGUCGCAGUCUCCUGUACAUGUAUGGAAAGCCCUUCUCCAAAAUAUUGUUAAGAUGUAUCUUGUUUUGUAAAAUAAAUGUCAUUACAAGAAUGGAUGAAAAGAA